AAGCUGAUACCCAUUCUCAAGCAAUGGCGGACAAAACUGGGCCCGGCCCGUCCCAGCAUCGUUUCUCAGCGGAGAGAGAGGACGAGGUGCAGAGCCCUCCUAUAGUCCUAUCUCUCCGGCGGCGAAGCAUAUCAGCAGCCAUGUGGGCCACACCACCUCAGCCGCUUCCCCUCCAACUCCGGCGACCACCAGGUCUGCCGCCUCGUCUCUUCCUCACUCGCCAUCGCAGCAGCCGCCUCAACCGCAUCGCCGCCUCACAGGACCCCCUCACCGCCCUCUCCCGCCUGCUGUGGGGGCGCGCGCUGCCCCCGGCGCAGCUCGUCCUCGCCGUCCGCCACGGCUGGACCGCCGCGUGGCAGCUCCUCAUGCGGCAGCUCGCGCCCUCGGACCCGGAGACGGGCGCCUUCACCCGCACGCCGUCCGGCUUCCCCACCGUCGUGGGGACGCCCAGCUCCCGGCUCCACCUCUACGUGGGCCUCCCCUGCCCCUGGGCCCACCGCGCCCUCGUCGUCCGCGCGCUCCUCGGCCUCGAGGCCCGCCUCCCGGUCUCCGUCGCCGUCCCCGGUGACGACGGCGCCUGGUCCUUCACGCCGGACAACCCCGACGGGCUCUACGGGAAGCGCAAGCUCCGGGAGGUGUACGCCGUGCGCAGCGGCGGGUUCGAGGGCAGGGCGUCGGUGCCGAUGCUCUGGGACGCGGAGCGCCGCGAGGUGGUGUGCAACGAGAGCAUCGAGAUCAGCAAGUUCCUCUGCGGCCUCGCGAACGCCGACGGCGGCGGCCUCGACCUCUGGCCGCCGGAGCUGCGCCAGGACAUCGACCGCUGGUACGGCGUCAUCUACCCCAGCGUCAACAACGGCGUCUACAGGUGUGGAUUUGCACAGAGCCAGGAGGCGUACGACGCCGCGGCGAGCGAGCUGUUCGGCGCGCUGGACAGGCUUGAGGCCCACCUCGGCGGCUGCCGCUACCUGUGCGGGGACAGGCUCACGCUGGCCGACGUGUGCCUCUUCACGACGCUGAUCCGGUUCGACCUCGUGUACAACACGCUGUUCCGGUGCACCAGGCGGAAGCUGGGCGAGUACCCCGGCCUCCACGCCUACACGCGCGACAUCUACCAGAUGCCCAAGGUCGCCGAGACGUGCGACAUGGAGGCUAUCAUGGCAGGAUACUUCAAGACCCUCUUCCCCCUCAACCCCGGCGGGAUCCAGCCCCUCCCGCCGGCGAGCUGCGACAGCGAGUCGCUCUUGAGGCCGCACGGUAGGGAGGCCUUGUCCUCUGCUGCUGGCACGCCGCUUCAAGCAGCUGGUGUUUCUUAAUUCAGACAAUGCUUGAUGCUUCUGAAGGACAGCAGAGAAGAGUUUACACGUGGUGUACCGUUUACUGAUGCUUCACAGGAUCAAAUCACAAUCAGUAGUAUAGCUGCAUUUUGCAUAUCCUUCUUUCGACCAAGAAAUCAAACAUAUUCUCAUGACGCCAUCGUUGUUUUCUAGUCAUGUUUAUGAUCCAGGUCUUUUAGAUAAAGAUAGAAGGCAUGCCAAGAUAGAAUUCCGUUCUGCUCAGUUCCCCAACUGUGAAUUUGCCAUAUUGCUCACAAAUCCCCCUGGUGUAAAUGGCAUACCUAUGUGGAGUUGUGGACAUCCAAAUUUUGUAAAGCAACUCAUGAGUUGUGUAAAAAGCUGAUUUAUCAAUUAACGGCAUAUGGCAUAUGUUCUGCUGGAUGUAA